AUGGGUCAGCGACUCAGUGACGAGACGGACGAUAAGGAAAUCGAUGUUGCUGAACUGCAGGAGUGGUAUAAAAAGUUUGUGGUGGAAUGCCCGAGCGGAACCCUUUUCAAGCAUGAGUUCAAGAGCUUCUUUGGUGUAACCGACAACCAAGAAGCUGCAGACUACAUUGAGAACAUGUUCCGUGCUUUCGAUAAAAAUGGGGACAACACUAUUGAUUUUCUGGAAUAUGUUGCAGCCUUGAACUUGGUAUUGCGAGGCAAGCUGGAGCACAAACUGAAAUGGACUUUUAAAAUGUAUGAUAAGGAUGGGAGUGGUUGCAUUGACAAGACAGAGCUAAAGGAGAUUGUGGAGUCAAUCUACCGAAUGAAGAAGGCCUGUCAUGGAGAGCUGGAUGAGGAGUGUAACCUACUUACCCCAGACCAGGUGGUGGACCGAAUAUUUGAGCUGGUGGACGAGAAUGGAGAUGGGGAGCUGUCACUGGAUGAGUUCAUUGAUGGCGCACGGCGUGACAAGUGGGUCAUGAAGAUGCUGCAGAUGGAUGUGAACCCAGGAGAGUGGAUCAAUGAGCAGCGGCGGAGGAGCACCAAUUUCUAAAGCAGUAAAUGCAGAAUCCAAAUCCCUCCCCCGCCAAGCUUUCACACAGUCUGUUCACGCUUUACGAUCUACCACAAACACUAUUAGUUCUGUGAAUAAAGACUAUGCAGCGAGGCAACAUUUCCCGAAGCAAAACUCGACCUUUCAAAUGGCACAGAGAUAUACAUAAGGGAAAUGCCAAAUGUUUGGUUGUUGUUGUUGUUUUUUCUGUUCAUCUGUAAUACUUCAAAUGUAACAUUAUGUAUAUUACAUUUGCAUGUAUGUUCUGUUAAAUUCUACUUGGCUUGGGUUGAGGAUGGCAAUUAAGGCAACACAAAUGAGGCAUAUUUUAAUUUCAAAAUAGGUUUCAUUUUUAAAUAAAUUAAGUAUACAUUAUCAUUCCAUUGUAUGUUUUGGACCCCGCCUUGUGCCCAAUGCUCCCUGGGAUAGGCUCCAGGUUCCCCCGCGACCCUGAAAAGGAGUAAGCGGUUGAAGAUGGAUGGAUGGAUGAAUGUAUGUUUUGGACCAAAUCUUCCAAGUGGAUAUUAAAAUGUUUAGAGCUUAUAAAUAAGGUGUGGACGUACACAAAUAUGAGGCAAUCUUGAUGAAUGUUGCAAAAAUAGAAAAGUUGGCCAAUUCUUUGCAUUAUUCAUACAAUCACAAAAUCUUUGCUUUUCACAAGAUGGCAGACAUGUGAAUUGUGUUCACACAAAGAAAUUUACUGUUCAAGAAAGAUUAAAUUGCAUUUGUUUUCUUACAUGUUUCUUCUUAGCUUCACUAAAUGUGGCAAGUGAUUUCCCACUGCAAUUUAACCAUGAUACUAGCCAGAGUUUAGUUUGAGUUUUGUAUAGGGUCCGAAUACAAAAGUUGAGACAAGCCCCAUGGAAUUGAGUAUUUAUGUACUCACUGAAGAUGAACACAUUUAAUAAAAAUUUUACCAGAUGUCAGACUCUGAGUGAUCAUUUUGGAACCACUUCCAUAAGAAAAGCAGCCCAGUUGCAUUGCCUUAAAAUCAUCCCUGAACAAAACAAUGUGGCAAGGCACUCAACAGUCUACCUGCGACUUUCCAUACCAAAUUAGUGCAUGUAGCUGUGUGAAAAGUUUAAAUACCCACUUAAACAAAUUGAAUAUUAAUACAGAAGGGGCUAAAUACCAGUCCAGCUUGUUUUGUUUUUUAUAGUGUCAGAAAGAUAUGAUAUCUGGUAAUUGUGCUCGAGUCAACUGAAAAGAAAUUCAUAUCUAAUUAAAAUAUAUUGUGCAUGUAGGAAAAUAUGUGUGCAUUAUCCUGAGUAGGCUCAGAAUGGAUGUAGAAGCUUUAGUUUCACUAUAUACAAGCUGUUUGAUGAAAAGUAGCAAUGCUAGCACUUCAUU